UUGGGUGCUUACGGCGGGCGAGUUGACAUCGGCCACGUUCCGGAUAUUACUGAAAUGACGGAUUUGGAUAAAAAAGCCAGCAGCGACGCUCUUCAUGUGCUCGAGAGUAUGCGCGGCUUGUUCGCAACAGGAAUAAUGACGAUUCCACCCCUCGACCCUUAUGAGGAUAAGGAUUUAAAACCUCUCCGAUUUACCAACAAAGAUUCCAAACUUAUAACAGGACAAAUGAAAAUACAAGAAGUAAAAGUGGAAGGAGCUAAAGCAUUCAAAAUAAAUUCCUUACAACUUCGCAUGAACACGUUGAGAACUGAUGUCGACUUCAUAAUUCCAUCGCUCCAUGGUCAUGUUUCAUUCCACUUUGAUUUAUAUUUAGGAGGUAUCCUUCCCGUACGACUGGAUCUCAAAGUAAACUUCAAUGUAACGGGAAUAAGUGUGGUCGGCGCCUUAGGCACUGAAGAGGUGGAUCACGAAGGAAAGAAAGUGUUUCAGGUGCAAGCGAUGCAGGGAAAAUUCCACGCAGACGAUAUUCACUUGUCUUUAGAGGGUGUCGGAAGGAAAUUGAUUCAAGAUAUUCUGAAUUUCUUGAACGAAUCCAAAAUCCUUGAUAAUUCGCCGGAAGUUAAAUUUAUAAAGAGACGCGUGAACAAUUACGUCGCACACAUAUUGAUGACGAAAGUAAACAAAGCUCUUGAGGGGUUUACUGUCGCCCAACUCAAAGCCUAUAUUCUAGGUUAA